AUGGAUAUACGUCUCAACCUACGUCGGAUCUGCGUUCCUUUCACCUCUAUCACCGUAUCUCGACCUCGGUCAGCCACCGGGUUCCAGACCCGGUUCACUAUUCCACCCCGUUUGCCCCCGCCGACUUCUCCUUUACCUUUUAAACCCACGUUCUCCGGACCACUUUCCAGCAGGUCAAUUGUCUCUUCUACACACACCAUGGGUUCUAUCGCUCCUUAUCAGCGCAAGCACAAGGUCACGGUGGUGGGCUCCGGUAACUGGGGCUGCGCCAUCGCUAAGAUCAUUGCCGAAAAUUCGUCCAGCCACCCCGAACUCUUCGAGGAGAAGGUAGAAAUGUGGGUAUUUGAGGAGAAUGUCGAGAUUCCAAAGACUUCUAAGAACUACAAUGACGCACUUGCCGGCCCUCAGAAAUUGACGGAGGUGAUUAACAAUGUCCAUGAGAAUGUCAAGUACCUCCCAGGAAUUCAGUUGCCAGUCAACCUGCACGCAAACCCGUCUCUCGAGGAUGCGGUGAAGGACAGCACAAUUCUCAUCUUCAACUUGCCCCAUCAGUUUAUCAUUAAGACUUGCGAACAACUCAAGGGCAAGAUCCUCCCUUACGCCCGUGGCAUCUCUUGCAUCAAGGGCGUGGACGUCAAUAGUACAGGUAUCCACCUCUUCUCUGAGACCAUUGGUCAAACUCUAGGCAUCUAUUGCGGUGCCCUGUCUGGUGCAAACAUCGCCAAUGAAGUCGCCCAAGAGAAAUGGUGCGAGACUAGCAUCGCCUACGAUCCCCCACACAUGGACUCCCAGGUCCCCACUCCCCAGCGGUCGCCUUCUUCCUCCACAACCAACUUGGUCGAGUUCCAGCACAAGGACACCUCGGGUAAAAUCUCGGAUGUCAAGUUGCAGGCCUUGCCGUCAGAGUACCCUCCUGUCGACCACUCCGUGCUGAAGACCCUCUUCCACCGUCCUUACUUCCACGUGCGUGUUGUUAGCGAUGUCGCCGGUGUCUCUAUCAGUGGCGCUCUUAAGAACAUUGUUGCUCUGGCCGCUGGCUAUGUUGUCGGCUUGGGAUGGGGUGAUAACGCCAAGGCCGCUAUCAUGCGUGUGGGUUUGAUGGAGAUGGUCAAGUUCGGAGACGCAUUCUUCAGCGCCACGAUUGACACCCGCACCUUCACCGACGAGAGUGCCGGUGUGGCAGACUUGAUCACCAGCUCCAGCAGCGGUCGUAACUUCCGGUGUGCCAAGUUGAGCGUUGAGCGCAACCAGCCUAUCGAGGAGAUCGAGAAGACUGAGCUCAACGGCCAGAAGUUGCAGGGUACCCUGACUGCUAUGGAAGUUAACAGCUUCCUGAAGAAUCAGGGCAUGGAGGCUGAGUUCCCUCUGUUCACUGCUGUUUUCCGUAUUUUGGAGGGAACCAUGAAGGUCGAGGAUAUUCCUUCUUACAUUGAGCGCCCCCCUCAGGCCCGAGCCCCGAUUUCUGCAUCACAAAAUUUCAAGGAGAAUAAUGGCGCUCGGUUCAGUUCUGCACGAUUAUGA